GCGGCGUCCGGUGGCGAACAGCGAGAAUCGCGCGAUUUUGCAGCGACGUCCGGGGGUUGGUCCCAUCCUAUCCGAGGUGUCGUACGUACCGUACGUACGUGCGGCGACGGCGGCGGCGGCGGCGGCGGCACGCUUUUGUUCCUCACACGCGAGUGCUGCGGGAGACGCGAGAGACAGGAGCGGCGUAACACGGAGCGUUACGAGCGAGCCACCACCGCCAGGAGGAGGAGGAGAAGGAGAGGAAGGUGGAGAGGAAUCGAGGGAGCGAGAGAGGGAGUAAGAGGAACCGCGUCGGAAAGCGCUGGUACACGCGGUGUCGCGAAAAAUGGCGAAGACGUUUCGCGCGGUGGAGGUCUCGACUCUGUCAAACAAUGGACAGUCCACGCCAAAGUACAACAAACCGGUCACGCUCAAUAUCAAUUACGACCCGCAGGGCCUCAGCGUCGAGCUUGUCUCAGGAGACGUUAGCAGCAAGGAAAAGACAAGUCUGUUGGAUUUCAGUAUUAACAGAUGUUCUGGUAUAUCUCAAUAGUUCGAAUCAUGAAUAGCUAUCAUUACAUUUGCUAAUGAAGCAGAUUCUCGCAACUUUCAUUCGCACAUAGUAAAACUCAAGGUAGGAAAGGGUAUAUCAGCAUUUAAUGAGAGGACGGAAGAAUCCUCGGCGAUGCAAUAUUUUCAAUUCUAUGGCUAUCUGUCGCAACAACAAAAUAUGAUGCAGGAUUAUAUUAGGACUAGUACAUACCAACGAGCGAUCCUUGGAAACUUGUCUGAUUUCAAGGAUAAGGUUGUACUAGAUGUAGGCGCUGGUUCUGGUAUAUUAUCAUUUUUUGCCAUACAAGCUGGUGCUAAAAAAGUAUAUGCGGUAGAAGCGAGCAAUAUGGCAAACCAUGCUGAGCUGUUAGUUGCGGCUAAUAAUUUGUCGGAUAAAAUAAUAGUCAUAGCUGGAAAAAUAGAAGAGAUCGACUUACCCGAGCGUGUUGACUGUGUAGUGAGUGAGCCUAUGGGAUACAUGUUAUAUAAUGAAAGAAUGCUUGAAACUUACUUGCAUGCAAAGAAGUGGUUAGUUCCAGGCGGGAGAAUGUUUCCUUCUAGAGGUGAUCUGCACAUCGCGCCUUUUUCCGAUGAAAAUCUCUAUAUGGAACAAUUCAAUAAGGCCAAUUUUUGGUAUCAGACAUGUUUCCAUGGAGUAGAUCUCUCUGCCAUGAGAAAUAACGCUAUUAAAGAAUACUUUAGGCAGCCGAUUGUCGAUACUUUUGAUAUUAGAAUAUGUAUGGCGAAAUCGGUGAGGCACAUAGUAGACUUCCAAACAGCUGAUGAGACUGAUUUACAUAAAAUAGAAAUAGAUGUCGAUUUUCAUAUACUGGAGAGUGGUACAUGUCAUGGUCUAGCUUUUUGGUUUGAUGUAGCAUUUAUCGGAUCCACGCAACAAGUUUGGUUAAGUACAGCUCCUACAGAACCUCUCACACACUGGUAUCAAGUACGCUGCCUGCUAGAAAAUCCAUUAUUUUGUAAAAGUGGACAACUACUCUCUGGAAAAGUCAUUCUUAUAGCAAAUAAAAGACAAUCCUAUGAUGUAACCAUAGAACUGAAGCUUGAAGGAACAAAUAUGGAAAGCAGUAGCAACACCUUAGACUUGAAAAAUCCUUACUUCCGAUAUACAGGCGCUGCAGCGCAACCACCUCCUGGUUUAAAUAACACUUCACCUAGUGAAUCUUAUUGGACAACUUUGGACGCGCAAGGUGCUCGACAAGCGGUGAAUAUGGUCAAUGGAAUGUCCGUUAAUGGUCUCGGUGAAGUCUCAAUGGACACAAGUGCGACCGUAAAUCCAAAUAAUUUGCUGGCAAUAGGAGGACAACCAAAUAUUCAUCCUGGUUCCAUCUCGAGUACGGGACGAGGUCGUGUAGGAGGUACAGCCACGAGCACACAAGCGGCACAAUUGAUAGGCGGUGGAAUAACUCCAAACAUGUUUACAUCACCCGCUACUCUUGGUGUUACUUUCCAGCAAUCGCUGGUCCUCGGCAACUCUUCUCAUUAUCCAGUGAAUCCCAGCCUGAUGAUCGGUGACUAUGUGACUCCUGGGAACGGUUUAUCUCCGCAAGUAUAUCGGCAAUGAUCUACGGCGAAAUCGUUUCUCGCCGAGUAUUGCCGCAAAGUAAAACAGUUACAAAACGAUCGUAAUAGUUGUAGCAGUAUUGGAAACAAUGGCAACAACAGUAAGCAAAGCCGCAAACUGGUAUUUAGCUCCCCGGCCAGUAAACUUCGACUCUCGUCUGCCGUACGGAUUUUAAGUACCGUCGACUUGGCCAAUUUUAAUCCAGACUUUGGUCACAAUAAUGUCGCUUAUUCAAGUAAAAGUACAGUUAGACAUGGGUUUGCGUUAGAUUGGAAUCCCGUAAGAAAUAAUAGGUCUCAAUGGGAGGCACGUUGGAAAAGACUGCGAGCCGUCCUCUCGUAGUUGUCAUUAAUUAAUCAUACAUAAUUAGUUUCAUUGGCUAUUCCAUUUGGUCAUCAUUCGGAAAAGGUAGAGAAAAAGAGAAAGAAUCUUCCAGAUCGACGUGCAUGCUUGCCAAAUAUACCCACAUGAAAAUAUAAUAUUUUUUAAUGACAAUACAGUGUCGUCGCUCUAUAGUAUAGGCAUCACUAUAUUUUACAAAGUUUUGACAUAAAACUACGAAACGCGAAUAAUUUAUAACGAAAGAGAGAAUGAUCGCGAAUUGCUGCGAUUUCUUUGUUUUAAUUUGGUGAAUUGAAAUAAUGAUUUAUAGAAUCUACUAAGCAUUCAAAGACAGGGGCAUAUUUUACUAAGCUGCGACGUUGGCUUGGUUGGGUUUCGAUAUCAAGCGACUUUUACACAAGUUUUUUAGAAUAGGCAAACAAUGUUUCGAGAACAUUUUGAGAAGUGCAAAGAGCAAUAAUACAUUAGGCGUACAUUGUAGAGCACUCUGUGGCAUUACCUGUUAUUAUUCAGCUAUCUCUUGCUCUUGUUUUAAUCAACGUGUCUUUAUUACGUUAGCAUGACAAUACAUGAGAAAGUACAACUUUUUAUGAGUAUUAGUUAUUACAUUUCAGUCACCAGUGUAAUCCACAUCGAGAUAUUUUAAUUGUUUAAUAGGUAUGUGUGUGCGAUAAUUACUCAUCUAUCGAUUACGUUUUCAUAGGUAAAUUGUAUAUAUCUAAUUGUAUAACACAGAUAGGGAUACUUCAUCUAGAAAGAGGAAACAAUUGAUCAAAUCACGAAAUCGUCCUAAAUUAUGAAUACAAUAAUAUAGUUAUGUCAUAGUGUGUAAAUGUGUAAUUGCAGAUUCGUACAAAUGUAUUACACAUUGAAAGAAUUGCUCGAAUGAAAUCUUAUAGUUUUAUAUAAGAUGAUCUGUGUGUGUAAUUUAUAAGAUAUAAUUUUGCGUUACACUUAAUUUUUUUUUAUAUAUUUUGUAGUCGCGAGAAAUGUCUGUUUUAAAAGGUUCUCAUCAAGCUUUUCUUUUUUUCUUUUUUUUUUUUUUUCUUCAAAAAUGCACGUGUAAUUUAAUACGCGCAUUUGUAAGGCUACGUAAUUUAAAAAUUAAAACCGAUAUGUACGACAUAUUUUU